CUUGACUUCAGUUUGUUGUUGUUACCACGCACUAUACAAAAUGAGUAGAUUAGACAAGUAUGAAAACGUGCGACAUGUGUAUAGAUUGCUGAAAGAAAAAGGAGAUAUAGACAAGAUGAAGUCUCAAAUCAGGACAAAAUUGAUACUGGGGUUUGGAUCUUUGGAUAAUUCAAUAACAAAGAUUGACAAUCAGACCACUGAUCGAAAUAUAAAGAUGGCAAAUUGCCUAGUUGCAGAUCAUCUGAAUAUUCACGGAUAUAAUUACUCUUUGAGUGUUUUUUUACCAGAAAUUGGGCUAACUAAUUUCGAGUUAGAGGAAUUCAUUAAAGAUAUUUCGCACCUCAGGCCAUAUAGUUGUUUAAAAGACCCCGAAAGAUUGACGAGUUUUUACAAAGAUUCCUAUUCAUUACUUGUGUCAAUUUUGAAAGCCUACGAAGACGUCUCUAGCCUUUCUAAAGAACACAAAGCUGUCCAGGCAGUUGAAGCAGAUGGUUGUGACUUAGAUCACAGGUUAAACAGUAUUAAUAAAGAAUAUGAAGCAAUCAAGUCAUUAGAGAUUUCGGAUGCAAAAAAGUUAUUUGAUGAUCGUUUGGAACAAUAUAAGAAUGAAAUAGAUGUACGAAGUCGAAUGGAAAUGGAGCGACAGAUGUCAGAGUUUCGUCAAAAUGAAUUGAACUCGUUGAAAUCGGAAUUGGAAGAAGAAUUUCAAAAGCGUCUACUUCAAAAUACACAGCGAUUACAAGAAGAAUUUGAACUUCGCUGUCAAUCCCUCAAUGAACAAGAGGUGCUGCUUAGAGAAAAGUACAAUCUAUUUCAACAAAAGGAGGAGCGUGAAUCAUUUGUUAGACGUCAAGCUUUGCAAGCUGAAUUAGACGCUAUCCAGUUGGUGAAAACACAAUUAGAUAAAGAAAAACUCCAAAUAGAUAAUGAUAAAUUGCAGUUUCAUAAGGAUUAUGAGAAAAAUGAAUUGGAAUUUAAAAAGCGUGAAAAUCUUUUGGAAAUUAGAGAAAAAACAUUAGAAAGUGAAAUUCAUGAACAUGUAAACCAAAUUCGUAUGGAAGACGAAAUAAAGUUAAUGAAACAACGUAAAGAAUUAGAAUUACGGUCUGUUCAACUCUCAGAAAACCAGAAAAUGCUUGAAGAGAAAUUGAAAACAUUUGAACAACUUAAACAAGAAUUGUUAAAACAACAAAACAAAUUCACAGAAAUGGAGAUUGUAGGUUAUGAUACUAUUAAAACACAGAAUGAAGUGUUCAAGGCUGAAAUUUCUACUUUACAAAAACAAUUGAAUAACUCUUUGCUUGAACUAGAAGAACAAAAACAAAUUGCUGCGUCGGCAACAACAGAAUUAAAUGUACUCAAAGUUGUUAAACAAGAGAUUGAAAAACUAAUGAACACGUUGAAUAAUGAUCAUGCUGUAAUCAUUCAAGAAAAAUUUACAUUACAAAAGAAAUUAAAUGAACAACAAAGUGAAAUAUACGAACUAAUGGAACGUCUUCGUUCAUAUGAAGGUGGAAAUAAACUGAAUCAUGCACAAACUACUGAAGUUUCCUCUGUGAGUCAUUGGUCUACCGUAAAUCAGAAUCUAAACAAUCCGCAAAUACUAACUGAAGCUGAACGUCGUUCAAUUUAUGAAGAAUGUAAUCUGUCUAUUUCGAGUGACCUAAGUCAUGAAAGUAUGAUUGAUACUAAGAAUUCUGGAAACUCAUUCGCUGUACCCAUUCAGUUGUCAACUGAUCCAAAAUUUGAUCAUUGGUCAAAGCGUUUAGAAUUAUCACGUCGGCGUAUGACACAAUUAAAAUUAGUUAAUGAAGAGUUUGAUUCAAUUUAUGAAGAAUGGAAAUCAGUUGAUUUAAAAGAAUUUUUAUCGAAAAUUCAUAAUGAUUUACCAAGUUUCGUGAAUGCACAUGAAUUGAAUCAACCAAUUAAAUUGAAAGGAGACAAUUCAUCUGACCAAAUAGUCAUGACUAAUAACGAUACUAAACCUGAUCAUGUGAAGCAUCAUCAUCCACUUGAUCAACAGGGUGAAUUGAAUCCAUGCCAAGAGAAUGAAUAUCUAACCUCAUUUACUAAAGCUAAUCCAGAAUCAAAGAAUAUGCAGAUGGGAUUCGAAAAGACUGACCAAAAUGCACAACUUCAUUCCAAUGCAAGAAUUAUACGUGAUUUUUCACCCAGUUCAUCCAGUAUUCACACACCAAAAUCAAAUAAAUUAGAGUUAAAAAAGUCAUCCAAUGAAACAUCGAGUACAAGUUCUCAGAAAUCUAUAAAAUCAUCUUCAACUGUUACUCAUCGUAGUUUUAAGAAGGCAUCAAGUGAUCACCUUCCGAGUCAUAGAUCAAAAAGUGUACUCUCUACAGAAUCAAUAUCUCAAGCAGAAUCCACUGAGUCCAAAACUUCAAGAAAAUCUCACACUAAUUCAUUAGCCAACGAUAAGUUGAACCAUACUAUUUCAUGUCAAUCUAACAAGAAUGAUAUUGUAAAUAAAUCUGUGAGUAGCGAACAAGAUAUUAAUGAAAAUAAAGAAAAAGAAAAACUCCUUAAUCCAAAUCAGACUAAUGUUAAUGGUGAAAUUGCAAAUAAUAAUCAUAAUAAUGACACAAUUGAAAAUGGGUUUCCGUUACUCCUGGAAACUUCACGUUAUGAAGUAGGUUCACUGAAACAAUGUUCACUCGGUAAUAAUGAUCAGAACAAACCUAUAUCCAAUGGGAAUAUCUCGCCGACAUCACGCCAUACAACAACGAAACAAACUGAUUGUAAUGGUUUAAUGGAAAAAUAUUUAAAGCUGAGUUUAAAUGCUAGUUCUAAAUCACUGGUAUCCACUACAUGUAAUCAAACAGCGAACGGAACUAAGAUAACAAAUGGGUAUCAUUCACCUGGUUCAAAAGAAAAGCGUUUAUGGUUCGAGAAUGGCCAUCAUUUUAGUUCUAGUGAAUCAGAUAUUAUCAGUUUGAAUAAUGAUAAAACAAAGUGUCAUUUUACAUCAGGAAAUUUCAAUAAAGAUGAAUUCAUUCCAAACGACAUCGAUGUCGACAGUGGUUCAGAUUACAUUUGGUAGAAAAACACCAUUAUUUUUGUUUUUCUUUCUCCAAAUAAUUAUAUUUAAAUGACUAAAUUUUACAUUGUCUAUGUGUAUGUAUCAUUUUCUUAAAAGACUAAAAUCAUUCUCAUUAUUUUAACUUAUAAAAUGUGCCGGUUAUUCUAGUUUAAGAUUUUUUUCUUAUUUGCGAGAAAUAAAUUCAAACAAGACUUCUUUUUUGUCAACCAUCAUUUUGUAAUGAAGCCUAAUUAUGCAACGACUGAAUGGAAUAUUAAAGUUCAAUAGUUAAUGAGACAACUUUUUUUUUUCUCAGUUCUUACCAGUUUAUGUUAUUUUGUGUAGUAACUAAUAGUAAUAAUAAUAAUAAUAAUUUUGAAAGUGGAAAUAUCAGAUGAUAUGUUGAAUAAAAUGAUUGUAUACUGU